GUCCAUUGUUGCUCGCGCAUAACAGGACAAGGCGCGCGUGCUUUAUCUCGUGCGUCUGGUUGUCCUAAUCUUGUACCUGGUCCAUUACAUUCUACACUGCUGUGUUCUUCCGGGACGUAACCUGGCAGGUGCCGGGUCGCUGUCAGCCGCAUCCAUCUCUGAAGCGGCCAACCGGCUAGGCCGGUGGCGGUCCGCUGGUUGUCUGCCGGACCCUGAAACCUGGCAGAAGUGGCAUGGCAACAUCACCACGCCGUACAGGCCAACAGCCUCCCGCAACCGCAACCGGCUCCAGAGCCUGGCGGUCGCAGUGGAAGUGGCACCGGGCCUGGCUGGCGAAGCAUGCGGCGUGCCGGCGAGAGCAUGCGGCCGGCGGGAUACAGGUCAGCGGGGGGGCGGGAGGCGUAUCGGCUGCCCAGCAGCAGGCGGCUGCUGCUGUCCCGGACGCGGUGGACCAGCCGAACCGCUUGGAGUGUCGCAUGUGGCCGCGCGUCGAGGCGGAAGAGGUGCCGUUCAUUCGGGCGGUGGUCGCGCGGGAGACAGAGCAGCUCCUGGUGUCUGGGCUAGCACCCUUGGAGCUGCAACCAGGCACCGGAGAUGCCGCAGGGUUGGCCUCAGGCCCACUUCCCUCCCUUGCAGCGCCUGUUACCAUGCCACCAGGACUCCCAGCACAGCCCACGCCCUUAGCUUUAGCCGCAGCAGCAGGUGGCGAGUUGGGGAAAACAACCAUGCCCCCGGCCGCCGCGCCGCGGAGCCCCCCAAUAGGACCCGCGCCAGCAGCAGCAGCGGUGAGCUUGGCGGCUUCAAGGCCGCUAGGGGAAGCACUGGAGGCCCUGGAGAGCGAGGGCGACCCAGCGGCGCUACAGCCGAGACCUGCUGCUGCGCCUGCUGCUGCUGCUGCUGCUCCCCAGCAGUCAGCAGGAACUCCAGCCGUCGCGGUAGUAGCGGUGGCUGCUGGGGCGGCUACCCCGGGUAGUGUCGGCGCUUGGGGCGAUCAUGGUGCUCCGAGACUUGGGGAAGCUGAGUCAGCUGUGUCACCCGGGGUUCACAUGUCGCCCCUGCAGGCAGCAGCAGCAGCAGGGGCGGAUGCAGCUGCCGUCGCACCAUCAUUGCCGCUUCAUCAUCAUACAACAGCGCCGGUUGUGGGAGCUGCACCUCUCAUCGCAUCAUCCCCAUUGCCGUCUGGCUCCACCACGCCGUCAGCGGUGCCGCUGCCCGGUGCCAGUGCAGGUGCACAUGCGGCCGAGGUUCCUGUUGCUGGGUUGGAUAGCAGUGCCCAUGCAGCUGCUGGUGCCGCACCGCCACCACCGCCACCACCUGCGGAACAGCAGCCUGCUGCUGUUACUGUGGUAGCGGCAGGGGAGGCCGCUGCGGGUACAGGUACGGCAGCUCGUCCUCCCGCAGCAGCAGCAGCAGCAGCAGCAGCAGCAGAGGCCGCCGGCGGAUUGCCGAGUGAUGAGGGACCUGCAGCUGGGGGACAACCUGCUGCUGAGGAAGCAGCGGCUGCCGUGGACACCAGGUCGCCUUUAAUUGAAAGCGCCCCACAGUUAUGCAAGGUUCCACCCCUGCUGUCCUCCGUACGAAUCCUGUCGUACGAGGUCGUCCUGGCAGCCGGCGCUCAGCUGGGCAACUUUGACUGCAUCAACGUGCGACACGACACGCAGUCUGAGGCCGUGUACCUUGAAAAGGUGGAGGUGCACUGCGCCACCAGUGAACCGCCGCUGGUGUGGGAGGUCACGGUGCGGCGGUGGAUGCAGCCGGGGGAGGUGCUGGCAGGCUUGCGGGCCGACCCCUGCGUGUGGGAGGAAUGGGACAUGCAGGUGGACACUGAAACGGGCGUCCCAAGCGCAGUCCUCUACUUCAACCCCAACCUUCAAGAGUAUGCAUGGAAGGCGCCACCUCCAGCCCCCUUCCCCUCUCUUCCAGGAGCUCUCCCGCACGUGCAGCAGGUGGGCGCUGAAGGUGGCGCUCGCCAGCAGCAGGCGGCUGCUGCGGGGCGCGACAGCUGCUGGCCACACCCGCUACCUCCCUUGUGUGGACAGCGAAGUGGCCUACGUUACCUGGAUACGAUACGCGAGCCGGGGUUGUUUUGGACAACCAAUGUGCGCAAACACUAUGGCCUGGGCUUUGGAGGCGACCUAGGGGUCCCUCCGGGUCAGCAAGUCCGCAUCAGGGGGCAGACCUGCAGCCAUUCCAUAGCCGUCCAGGCGCGUGGCGGCUUCAAAUGGGUGGACCCAGACGAUCCCAAAGCGCCCCGGCUGCUGCUGCCCUCAUCACCCGCUGGUGCUGGUGCUGGCAACAGCGCUGCCGCUCCUGGGGGCGGCAACUCCAGUGCACCUGCAGCUGCGGUAGCAGCAGCAGCUUCGGCUAUACCCGCCGAGAAUGGCGUUACAACAGCUGCUACCGGUGUUGGAGGUGCUGGUGGUGUGGUUCCGGGUGUUCGCGAGUGUGUGGUGCUGUCGUACAACCUGGCGCCCGCAGCGCGGGAGCUGGGGGAGCAGUACAUGUGGUUCCUUGCACAUGUGGCGCUGGAUGACAGCGCGGGAACGCCUCCUGCGCCGGUGCGGUUCAGCCUCGUCAAGGACGAGACCCUUGUUUGGGCCGCCUGGGUCAAGGCAGCGGGCGAGGUGGUGGUGUGCUGCGAGCAGCUGGUGGGCUGCAGGCAGCUGCAGCUGGUGGUGGAGAGCGACUUCAGCGGCGGGGCGCGCUGCGUGUGGCUGGACCCAUGCCUGCUGUGCGCGCCCCUGCAGGACAGGGCGCUGGUAGCAGAGCUGGAGGCGGCAGCGCCGCAAAACAAGACAUCUGACUCCGCGGUACGUGAGGGCAAGGUCAGGUUCAUGCAGGAGGCCGACGGCGACGUCCGCUACAUGGCUCCCGCGCACUGCAUCCCGCAAGAGGUGCGUACGUGGCUGCAGGCAGAACCCAUCAGCCGGAAGGUUGCUCGCACCAGCGGCACUGCCAAGUACCGCAUCAGUGUGUUUACGGGCGCCGAGAAGAAUGGCGGCACGCAUGGCCGCGUGUAUGUGCGGCUGCAUGGCCGCAGCGGCAGGGAGGGGGCUGCUGCCGGCGAGAUCAAGAGCAACUUGGUCUGCAUCAAUCCGGACGGCGCAGUCCUUGCGGAGGGUUCCAAGUUCUCCUUGUUGGAGCCCCUCACGCUGCCCCUCAUGGCGGAGGUGGAGUCCAUCUCGCUGCACCACGUGCCUCCGCCGGGCGGCCUGCUGGGCGCUGCUGCGGGAGCGGCUGUCGGGGGGACACGGGACUGGAACGUCCAACACGUUGAGAUUUCUUGCGAGGAAACCGGCCGCACCUGGUACUUCGUGGCGGGAGGCUGGUUCAUGGCGCUAGCAACGCGGCAGGCAGAAGCGCACGCCGAGCAGAACGGCCAGCUGAAGCCAUCCAAGCUGCAGCCGGCGGAUGCGGAGCUCAGACUCCAGAGAGUGGUUUCGGAGACAGAGUUCAAGGUUGUUCUGCACGUCCUGAGCUCUGGCAAGGGCGUUGGCAUGGGUAUUGAGGAGGACAUUCAGAUGGUCGUGCUGGGGCUGACGGAGGACGGCUACCGGCAAGCUCCCUUCACCCUUCCCGGCAAGUCCGUUGACCACUCCCACGAGACCCGGCUGCUGUCCAGUCCCCACCCGCUCGGGGAGCUGCUGUCUGUGGAGCUCAGCUGCAGGCAAAAGGGGCUGCUCCAAGCCAGGUUGCAGUGCGUGGAGCAUCACCACCAGAUCCCGCCGAUGGUGAUGCUGCGUCCGCCGCCACAUCAAACCCUGCUGCUGCUGCUGCUGCUGCGGGUAUCGUACUGCGGGUGGCGACACAGCCCUACUUCCGCAUAGCCACGUUCACCAGCGCUCUUCCCGAGGCUAGUACGGACGCCAACGUGUACGUCGAUCUGUUCGGUUCGCGCGGCCAGCUGCUGGACUUGCACCUGCGGGAUGCCACUGGCAGCACGUUCAGUGAGGGCGCUGAGGACGUCUUCUUCUUUCCCGACCCCGGGCUGGGCGACAUUGGGAGCAUCUGCCUGUCCCAUGAUGACUCAGGGGAGUCUCCCAACUGGCACGUAGACCAUUUGGAGAUCACCAACACCGGGUCUGGUCGUACGACAGUGUUUAUUUGCCAGAACUGGAUUGGACUGGGUGCUGGGCUCAAGGGCAACGAGAACCAGGAAGGAGACCGGUUCAGUCCCGAUCGAGUCUUGGAGCGCGUGCUCUACCCAGCUCACGUGCUGACAGCUCUCCAGGCGGGACGGCCGCUGAUGAGCUAUCACGCGGUAUUCCACUUGGGGGACGCAAAGGCAGCAGCAGAGGCAUGGCAUGCAGCUGAGGCGCUGCAGCUCGUGGGGUGGAAUGACUCGGUGCUGGAGUUCUCUGAUACGGUUAGCAUGGACAACGGCCGUACAGGCGUCAACCUGGAGCUCGACAUGCUGUACGUGCGGCACGUCCAGGCUGCAUCCCAGGCAGCCAUUGCACGGCAGCAAGAAGAGGAGUCGCCUCGCACGCAGCCUGUACCUGAGUGCCGUACGUACGAGGUUGUGGUUAACGCCGUCAUGUUGCACAGCCCGCGUGCCAACAUCGCGGCCAGCGUAUCUGCUCGGGAGCUCGAGCUGGUGUUGCAUGGAUCAGCUGCAAGCAGCCGGCCGGUGGCCCUUUCCGGGAAGACCAAGGCCAGCCAUGGUUCUCCUCCGUUCACGGUUGCCGGCCACGCAGACGUUUUCCAGGUCAGAACCGACACACCGCUUGGUGAUCAGCUGGUCCGGAUCGACGUCCGGAUGCCAGCUACUGCGAGCUCAGCAGAUUGGGGGAUACUGGUUGAGUCAAUCGUCAUCCGAGACGUCCUGGACAGCAGCUCUAAACCAGUUACCUUUGCUGUGGCGCCGGGGCAUUGGCUCGGAACAUCUCCCACUUCACAAGAGGGCUGCGUUGGGGCCAUGCAGUCGCUGCACCUGAUGCCAACCGGGGUGUGUGCUGUGUCCUUUCUGACAAGGUCGUUCCAAAAGCUCGCUGCACUCCACAUCCGACACGACAACCCUGCCGUGUGGCCCGGAUGGGCCCUUCAGCACAUCGCCAUCCUCGCUGCUCCCCCACCGGGCACGCCAGUUCGCCAGCAGCAGCAGCAGCCCUCGUCCACUGCUGCUGCCAGCACUGACGGUGCUGCUGCUGCUGUGGCGGCCGGAACCCCUCAAACGGCUACUGCGGGCAGCCGACAACCGCUCCUCCCCAUCGUGCCUGUCAUCUACAACUUCCCCGGUACACAACGACCCAGUGUCUGGCCUUCUGAGGAGGCUCCGUUCAUCAGGCUGUUCUUAAGCGACCAGAGCCUCAGGGAGCCCUUCCCUCCGGAGUCCUACUGCAAGCAGCCGCCGGGACUUGGGUUGGUGACCCAGGCAGCCAAACCAACCGCUGCAAGCGCAGAUGCAGUGAACAGCGGCACUGCUGCUGCUGGGAGUUUCGGAGACCUGCUGGCUCCGAUUGAGGAAACAGCAGCAGCAGCCAUCAUACGUCCCCCAGCAGCGGAGCCCCUGUGGUCUGAGGCGUUCGAGGAGGAGUUGAAGGCAUACCGGGACCUCGCCCUGGCUGGCCGUGGUCAUGAGGCGGAUCUCCUGGCCUUGGCACGUGCACGGCUACGGGCAGAACCCCCACUGCUUGCCAGCAGCUUCUCCCGGGUGGACCAGGACAAGGAUGGGAAGAUCAACAUACAGCAGGUUCACGACCUCCUCCCGGAGUUGUUCCUACCCGGGGUACAGCUAACCCCGGCACAGGCCUCGUACUUGGUGGCAAUGCUUACCCUGGGGCGGUCAGAAGAGCUCUUCACGCAGGAACAAUUGUUGCACGGCUUGAAGGAUUGCCGCUCUGCAUAUAAAGAGGCAGCUGCAAUGGUGCGCAUUUUGGAGGCUGAAGGACAUCAGGUGACAUUCGACGAAGGGCUUGGGGCUGACCUCGUUCUUUGCCAUCUUGCAAAGCAGCUGGUCCAGCCAGAAACCGCGCAAGCAGCCGCAACAGCCUUCCAGUCGUACGAUACGGACGGCAGCGGAUACCUCGAAAUAGGCGAGCUGUCGAAAGCUGUUCAGUCCAUUGGCGGCCUGCAGCUGAGCCAACACGAGGUUCGCCUGCUGCUUGCCUACCUCUUCCAUUACGGUGACAAGGACAAGGACUUCCGUCUUUCAGUUUCAGAGCUGCAAUCAUCUCUGGCGCCCUUCAUUCCUCGACCCGCUGAGGAUGAGCUCCGGCAUGCCAUCUCAGCUUACUCCGCCUCCAGGAACCUGCCAGCCCUCCUGUGCAAGAUCUACCAGAUGCAGCCAGCGGUGCUGCAUGCAGCGAUCUCUAAAGCGGCUGUAUCUGGCUUCCAGCCACAGCAGCAGGACAGCAUUAACAAUUCCUGCGGCACGGUGCCAAUGGAAUGUCUACCCCAGAUAAUCUCAUCUAUUCUCGAAGGUGGUGAGAUGCAAGCUGUGGAGGUAUCCAACCUCAAGCACCUGGUCCUGCUGGACUCCGGGGUGACCUCCGUAACGGCAGAUGAGCUUGUUACAGCUCUGUUCAAGAGUGCAGAUGCUGUAAAACGGGCAACUUCAAUUGCAAGAAUGGUGGCCGAAGCUCAAGCAGAGCACGCGCGUGUUCAAUUGGAUUUGGACCUUGGAGGCGCAGAGACUGUACUGCAACGGCUUGCAGAUCUCCUAUCAGGGGAGGACGACCAGAAAGCCGCCAUGGCAGCGUUCGCAGCUCUUGACAGCGACAGCAGCGGCCACUUGGAUGGGGUGGAGCUCUGUGCUGCCAUGCGCAAGGUUUACAACCAGAUCACAGAGGAGGAGCUGCGGGUGCUAUUGGCUUACAUACAGAUAUACGCGGAUAAAGAUUCGGAUGGCCGGAUCUCCUUUUCAGAACUGCAGGCCCUACUAAGACCCUUCCGUUCCGAGUAAAAGAUGUAGGGCAUGAGGUACGGGUUGCAGCUUCUUCGUUUUUCCCUCCUACUUCUCGUUACUGCGCAGACCCCAAGCGUCGAGAUUUGGCCUUCUGGUUCACGGCUCCAGAUGACAUAUGCCCUACCAACGAUUCCGACCGACGCAAAUUUAUUCGCGGAAUGCAGAUAUGCGCUGUUUGUUUCCGAGGAUAAAUUCCGUGCGCUGGCAGACAAAUUUAAUUCAAUCCCGUGCGCGACAACAGGCCCGAUUAACCGGUUUCACGGUUUUUAGUACGGCAUUCGGGUUAACAUGGAUUUAUUGAAAUCCAUGCGGGUGCGUGAGCCGGUUUCAUUGAUUGGGCUUGGUCAGAGUCCGCGGAACUAUCGCACGUGAUUAAAUAAAAUGGAACUUUAGCAUCAUUGACAGCACGCGAUUGGUCCUUAAACCCAGAAUGGUGAUGUACGGCAAUUUUCCCAAUUAGCUUGCCACCGUUGAAGGUGGUUCCUUCACGUCCGCUGUCCUAUCCACUUUGGCCAAAUUUUAAUUCGAGACUAGGUCGUAGUACGUAACCUUCCCUUCGUCGUCGUACAGAUGGGGGCCUGGCGGGCUGGGUUUCUACUGCAUGGAGUGUGUGCGUGCAUAACGGUUCAGCCUGGCUGCAGCUGGUGGUUCAUAUGCAUGUUGGUUCGCUUGAUGGCGCUAGUGUUUCUUAUUGUUGUUGACUGUACAUACAGCUGGCGUACUGCUUCGUUUGUCCCCUGCCUAAUGAAGGGAACUCUGCUCAUGCCAGGUGGCCUGCCUAAUGAAGGGAACUCUGCUCAUGCCAGGCGGAUGAAAAUCGCGUCGAGGUCAGAGGAGGACAAACAAAGGAGGGGUUCAUGGUGGUUGCUUUUUCUGGCAGGUUACUAAAGAGGCAGGCCGGCCAGGCCCUGCGGUACUUUACCUGUGCCCAGGUUCAGGAAUGCUUA